AGAGAGAGAGAGAGACAGAGAGAGAGCUGGGUGGGAACUACUAAACCUAAAUGAAGAUAUUUUGUUUGAAAGUUGGACAUUUAUCAUUUCCUUUUAACAUGUGAAAACCUAAUUAAUUAAUGUGUAAAAGUGUGUUUUCCGCUGUCAGGGGUUCAUCAGCUUCCGUGUUAAGAGUCCACUGGAGCCCAUGAAGGAGACUUUGCUCGGGAAGGAUGCUAGAACAGGAAUGAGGCUAGAACGGAGGUCCCGAUGUUGCUCAUCCUGAUUGUUGCUUAGAAAAGGGGCAGAGGCAUGGCCCUGCGGGUAUCUCCAUUUCCUAAUGGGUUUGUUGCGGGCAUUCAUGCUGUGGGAUGGGCUUUCAUCCUGCCUUGCUUCUGGUUUCUCGAUCGCCUAUUGGCUUUGUGCAAGUCCACCACUCUGGAGCGAACCCAGCGACUAGAGCAGGAAUGCUAUCUCCAUCCCUUCAAGGUCUUCUUCGGCUCAAUUAUCUUCCUCAUUCUUUUUUUCGCAACAGCCCCCUUGGCCUUCCUGGGAUUUCUGCUCUGGGCGCCUCUUCAGGCUUGCCGCAGGCCCUUUCUCUACCACAGAGAGACACCAUCCUCACCAGAGAAGGAGACACACAUGGGCUUUGAGCUGUCAGGAAAGGCAUCAUUUGGAUUUGCCACAGCCAACCUAUGUCUGUUGCCCGACAGCUUGGCUCGCUUCAACAACCUGGGGCACACCCAGCAUAGGGCGGCUGUCAUUGGGCAGCACAUUGCGCAGGGUGUGUGUCGACCUCAUAUCCGCAUUUUCGUUGACUCCCCCAGCAGCUGUGGAACUCUUAGCCCCUCCAACAGCAUACUUCCCACAGCUAACUCGCCUUCAUACGGGGCCACUGAUAGAAAUGCACAGCCUUCAGUGGGUCAUCAUUCCGAUUCAGCUGAGGUGCAUGUUUCAAUCCCAAAGUCCGAUAGUCACGUCGUCUGUGUGCCUCAUGAUGACACAGAGGAGCCCUCGACUGACUCACCUUCUCCCUGUUUAAACACCAAUCACAACUCCAACCAGCGGGGCCGAGCAAGUCACCGGAGUGCUCCUCGAGCUUUGCUCUCCCAAGGUCUCCGCCAAGAGGACGAUGUACCUUGGGAAGUGUCAACAUUGUUUCCAGCCAAUGUUGACAUACUGUGCCUAGAAGAGGUGUUUGAUAAGAGGGCGGCCCAGAAGCUCACUCAUGCAUUAAGACCUGUUUUUGGACACAUACUGUAUGACGUUGGCGUGUAUGCCUGCCAGCCACCAUGCAGGUGUACCUCUUUCAAGUUCUUUAACAGUGGCUUGUUCUUAGCCAGCCGGUUCCCUGUGCUCGAGGCUCAGUACCACUGCUUUCCCAACAGCCGUGGGGAAGACGCUCUAGCUGCCAAGGGCCUCCUUUCCGCUAAGGUGCUAAUAGGGCUCAAUCAGAAACAGAAGAAAGUGGUUGGCUAUUUUAACUGCACACAUCUUCAUGCACCAGAGGGGGAAGGGGAAAUUCGCUGUGAGCAGUUAGACCUGGUUACCAAGUGGAUUGGGGAUUUUCAAGCUGCCAACAAACUGCCCGACGAGGACGUUGCUUUUGAUGUGCUCUGUGGAGAUUUCAACUUUGACAACUGCUCACCUGAUGACACCCUGGAACAGAAUCACUGUCUGUUUGAGGAAUAUAGAGAUCCUUGCAGGGCAGGGCCUGGAAAAGAGAAGCCCUGGGUCAUUGGUACUCUGCUGGAGCAGCCCACGUUGUAUGAAGAUGACCUAAACACCCCAGAAAGUCUACAAAGAACUUUGGAGAGAGAGGAUCUGAGAAAGCAGUAUGUCUCCCCUCCUGUUCCUGUAGAAGACUCCCCCUUGGUUUACCCUGAGACUGGCCAGCCGUGGAUCGGACGCCGGAUCGACUACAUCUUGUACCGCGAAAACUCCAUUUCAAAGCACUGCCAUACAGAAAUUGAAGAGGUUACCUUCAUAACCCAGCUGGCUGGCCUUACGGACCAUAUUCCUGUGGGCUUGAGACUGAAUGUUAUUAUGAACUCUGUUGAUUGAUGGCGACUUCGGUGAAGCCAGCAUCACUUACAAACAAAGGGAACAAAAUAUAUACAAAAAUGGACAUUAUUACGAUCUCAAAUAUCAAUAUCAAAGUACGAAUGCUUUGUUAACAUACUUGAAUUUGUGGUUCCUAUGACAAUUUCCUGACCAAUUAAGUUAAGCUUCAGGUGGAAUUAGUAUGGAUUUAUUGAAAUUAUAUAAUGUUUACAAUUUUAUAUGUAACGCACAGUUAAGGGCAGAGGUAUUGAUUUUGUAUACCAACAUAUUUUUCAGAUUUUUCAUUGAGAAAUUUUUCCUACAGAAAUAAAUGUACAUAAUUAAUUAUA